CAUUUUUUUCAAAACGCAAUAGGCCGGACUGGGGAUACCGAUGUAUGAGUCGUCUGCAGCUCAGCAAUCUUUCGUGCAGCUGACAUGCAUGUCCUUUGGAGGCCCGGACCAUUGUGGAUUUGAUAGAUUAUAUUCGGGGAAUUAUUAGGCGUAUCAACGACCCUCAUCGCGCCUCAAUCCCGACUUACACAGAUAACUAGUUCGGCGAAUUUCCUGUAUUUCCAUGGAUCAUGUUAGUGUGAGGGAAGACAGAAAUUGCGACAGCAUUUCAGCUCUCAAACACAUGUGCAAGAGACUCAUAUUCCCGACCUCAAAGACACUCAUCGACUAUCUUCGGCAGCAAUCUGAGUUCAUGUUGAACAUGGCCACUCGACCGGUCUUCCAUCCCUGGAACAAGUCCCAAACCAUCCAUGGAUCCGAUGUUAUUUCACGCCCCUUGGCCACGGGCGAGUUCGUGCUCGCAAUGCUCAAUGAGCAUGCGCAAGGCCACAACUGUCCAUACUUGGGUGCCAAAGUUUCCAUCGAACAUCUGGAUGAGACUUGCACCACUGUCGAUGAGCUGAAAUCCAGUGUCCAACAAGCAUUCGCUGCUACGCGAUGGUGCCAUCCUACCGUGGCAGCGCAAGUCCACAACGGCAAGGAGCUAGUCUACCCAGUCGAGGACGCCAAUCAAGUCUCACAAUGGCUCGAAAGGACGGUUCACCUCGUCCAGAGCUCUGAAGGUUGGAUCGGCCAGCACGACAAGCUGAGCCGCGAUGUUGUCUUGCCCACAGCAACGGGCGACUAUGCCUUGCUUUACCUGAUCGUACAUCCUGACCAGGUGGCCAUUGACAACAUUGUCAGCUUCGACUUGCUCCUUCACGUGCAUCACACCCUGGUAGACGGAGCUGGCCUGCGGACAUUGCUCAACUUGAUAUUGCAAAGUCUCGUUAAGCCAACCUCGGAGUCGUACCAUUGGGGGGAGGAGACUCAGCGCCUAGCUCCUUCGGCGCUAGACGCAGCAAUCAUCUCCGACGAGGUUGUAGAACAGUUGAACAAUAUGCCCAAGGAGAUUCCUCUCCCACCCCUGGGUGGAAACGCCACAUCGCGGCAUGGAACCGGUGUUGUCAUGCAUACGUUUGAGAAGGACAACUUCCUCCAGAGCUUGAAAUAUAUUGCGCGGAAGCACGGCGUCAAACUCACUGGGAUCGUGCAGGCAGCCCUUCUUCAAACCGUGUACAGCAAGGCACAGCCUUGCGAAGAAGACGCUUUGACAGUAAUCUCGGGUUACGAUCUUCGAGCGCGGAAUCUGCAGAAGCCCUGGUCUGAUCGCAACCAGUUCGUGGGCGCUGCGGUUGGCCUGGAGAUGAUGAAGCUGCCAGUGACACAGCUUGCCGCGGAUGGUUCUGGCAAGGAGUCCCUUUGGAGCGCUGCUAAGCAUAUUCAGCAGAAUUGGGCGUCGUUGGCCGAACGAAAAGACGUCGCUGCUGGGGCCGAGAUGCGCCGGCAAGCCACGGGGUUCAUUCUGCAAAUGGCCAUGGCAGAAGUCAACAAGGAGCCCUCCAAGCUUGGAUUGAGCUUGAACUAUGUGUCUGAUCCACCAGGCAGUAAUCAGUUAGAUGGCACAUACCAACAGAACGGUCGCCGAACCUUCAAAUUAGAGGAGUAUCAACUUGUGACGGAUGAGAGCACCCCAAAGCUGUCUUGUCGAUCACACUCAUGGAAGGACCAGUUAACUCUGGAAAUUUCAUUCAGCUACAAGCAUUAUACAAAGGAAUUUGUGGCAGGCGUUUUGGAAGCAUGGGCACAACAGCUAGUGUCACGCCUUCAGGAGGAGUACUAGGCUCUUCACCAGCAGACCAAGUGUGCUGUGAAAACUCCACGCAUAAUCUAACAUUUCUU